CAUCACUUCCGGGAAGGCCGCUGCGGCAUCGGGAGAAGGACAGGCAUCGGGAGGCAGCUGUUGCCCUUGACUUGGUUCCCACAGCCAUGCUGGCGGCAAGGUUGGUGUGUCUUCGGGCUCUUCCCAGCAGCAGCCUGUGCUCUGCCGUCGCUCGGAUUUCACCCACCGUGAGGAACUCUUCCCUACGGACCAAGCAAUGGCUCAGGCAGCCUUACCAGGGCUAUUCCUCCAGGGUCCGGACAGGGAUACGCCAAAGGAAAAUGGGUCAGGAAGUGAAAGAAGCAGCCUUUGAACCCUCCAUGGAGAAGGCCUUUAAAAUUCACCAGGCAGGACGAUGGAUCGUGGCUGGGGGAGCUGCUGUCGGUCUUGGCGCUCUCUGUUAUUAUGGGCUGGGCAUGUCCAAUGAAAUCGGCGCCCUGGAAAAAGCCGUGAUUUGGCCCCAGUACGUGAAGGACCGCAUCCGCUCCACCUACAUGUACUUCGCCGGGAGCGUGGGCCUGACGGCCUUGUCCGCUGUGGCCGUCAGCCGAACCCCAGCCCUGAUGGGGCUGAUGAUGAAGGGCUCCUGGCUGGCCAUCGGAGCCACCUUUGCCGUGAUGAUCGGAGCUGGCAUGCUGGUCCGGUCCAUAGACUUUGAAGAGAGCCCCUUCCCCAAACACGCGGCCUGGAUGCUGCACGCAGGUGUGAUGGGGGCGGUGGUGGCUCCGCUGACCCUCCUGGGCGGCCCCCUCCUCGUCCGGGCUGCCUGGUACACGGCCGGCAUCGUGGGGGGCCUCUCCGCCGUGGCCAUGUGUGCCCCAAGUGAGAAGUUCCUGAACAUGGGAGCCCCCCUGGGCCUGGGCCUGGGCCUGGUGCUUGUCUCCUCCGUGGGGUCCAUGUUCCUGCCUCCAACCUCCAUCUUGGGCGCCGGCAUGUAUUCCGUGGCCAUCUAUGGGGGGCUGGUGCUUUUCAGCCUCUUCCUGCUUCACGACACCCAGCAGGUGAUCCGACGGGCGGAGAGCCAGCCGUACCUGGUGGUCGGAGUGAGGAAGUACGACCCCAUCAACGCGUGCAUGGGCAUUUAUAUGGACACCCUCAACAUCUUCAUCCGAGUGGCCACCAUGCUUGCCAGCGGUGGCGGCAGGAAGAAGUAGAGGCAGCUGCACUGAUGGGUCGCCAGUCAGUUUCUCUGCUUAGUCCAAACUCGAAUAAAACGUUCGUUGCGUCCAAGCAGCUUUCAUGUAGAAGUUUGAUAUUCUAAGCAGUCAGUCUUGAAAUUCCUCUUGGUCCACGCAGCCCAGAGGCUCCCAGUUGUAAUUUGUACAGUAUCCAGUGGUAACUAGUUUGCACAUAUACCACUCAAAUCACUUUGCUCGGGUUGGAGAGGUUUUUGAAACGGAAAAGAAGGUUUGUGUCGGUAGAGCUAUCCUUCUAGCACUUGCUAAGUCCGCUUCUCCUUUCCAAAGAGGACUCUCUGCCACUUUGCCAGGCCUGGAAGUCCGUUUAUGCUCUUUAGCAAGGGUUGAAUUCAGCUGUGGAUUCAGAAAAUGAUAAAAGUUAUUAUUUCAGCAGAAAACCAGGGAGCUGCCCAAGCGUAGUUACUACCUGGUUUGCUUUGGAAGAGGCCUCGGGGUGGAAAUUCGAUGCAGCGGGGAAUGGUGGCAGAGGAGCAAAGAAUUAUUUCUGUCUGGGGCCAUUUUCUGCCCCAAAGUCAGGAUGGGCUCUCCAGCCACAUUUUCUCUCCAAAUCCUAGCCUCCAGCUGGCCCUUCCUUUGGAUCACAGGGUAGGGAUUGGUGAGAGAAUCUUAAGCAGGACUCUUUAUUGGAUGCCAGAAUUACAGGCUGGGGAAAAACAAUUGUACAUAAAUCUACAAGGCAGAAAAUAAAUACAAUAUGGUGUGAAGCUCCCGGCUUCUGUAAUACUCUCAUUUCUUUCACAGCAAUUCCGUAAUGUCUAGUGUCAAUCUAUGCUAUCAGGUCUGACUAAAUAAAGGUCCUUGCACAACCA